UAUGUCACAGGUAAGCUUAUUCAUUUCUGCCUGAAAUGUUGCUGUGUGUUUUAUUAUUCAUGCAUACAUGCGGCGAGCGUUCAGUGCGCGGCCACAACCAAGAGCAAUUGUUAACCCUUUGGUGUAUUUGUUUAUGUAAAGUAACAUAUCUUAAUAGGCAAAUAAUAUCGCAACAUUGCGGCAUUAGUAGCGGCUAAUCAGGCGGUUGCUGCGCCCUCUGUCUGCUCAACUCCGAGGUUGUCCAUGUUGUGAGCGGAAAUAGAAACAGUUACAAUACAGUUCUUUAUGGGUCUCUAUGGUGCCUGGUAUGAUACCGCUCAGCUAUCCAAUCUCGACCACCACUCCAAUGGAGGGCAGACGUGAAAACCACAACUAAGAACCUUCGUCAACGAUGUUAUCAACAUAAAGUACAGGCUGGGGACUCGUACAUCAGACGCAGUGCAAGGCAUCACGGGAAUAUUCUAACGACCUCACGUAUUAUCUGCGGGUACACAAAGUUGCGAAAUAGACACCGACCGAGUCGUGAGGACCCGCAAAAUUUCGCAAAACGUUGUAAUAUAGAGAUAACUGACUGUGCAUCGUGGUAUCAGCUGCUGCAGACAUCAGCCUGGGGUUGUACAUGUGCACGCUGGCGUCCAAGCCAUCUCGGCAGUUUCCAAAAUAAACCAGUCUCCCUUGGUGUUCAUCACUCGUCAUCGACCUAAAUAUACAGGAGCUGGUGGAUAUCGGUGUUACACAUCGCUAGGAAUAGAAUCGUGAUAGCAUGAACGUGGUUCAUUUGGCCUGAAUGGAAGGUCGUAUUAAUAGAAUAAAAACGUCAAAGGAUCACCAUAGAGUCAAAGGUGUUUAAGAUAUAUUGAAGAUUUGACACGACCAAAGAAAUAUGACCACCAUAUGCAUACUCGUACGAUCGAUCCGUUUCUUCAGUCUGAUUGACUGGUGAAGUUACUAGUCAUUUUUAGUAAUUUUUCUACAAAUUGAAGAAUAAAAAUGAAUGUGGGGCAGAUAACUCCAAUAAAACCAGCUGUCAACGUUCACAGAAUGACAUACGACAGCGAAAACCCAAGCCUACCCACGACAAGACGGGACAGUAUGCUACGAACACUGAAGGAAGAUUUAUGGACGAAAUACAAGUCCACUAGAGAGAUAGGGAAAAUGCAUCGUAGUCAAGGUAAAAUGGGUAAUUUAAGAGUUCAUAAAUCAGUGGCAGAUUUUCGCCAGAUCAAAGGAAAAAAUAAUGUGGAAGAAGGCACCAAAUCUCUAUCCACCAGGCGUUCGUUUCCAAGCAAUCUGCACAAAAUUGUAGAAAUGAAACCGGCGACCUGUUAUAUCUCUAAGAGGACGAAAGAUAUGAAAGAAACUCUGCAGAAAAUGGGUGCUUGUGCUUCGCGACAAAAUAGCAGGCAGCGGUUGUUAGUCAAUAGUUUAUCAGCUUCGAUCACCUCUCGGCAGGAAAACGCCAUUAGCAUGAAUGAUGAUGUGGUUAGCAAAAGAAAACAGUUCGUUCAAAAGUUGUCCCGAUUGAAGCAAAUGGGCAGUAGCACCAGCUCAGAAUCUGAGCUAGCCUCUGACGGCAGCCCCUCCGAUAACGCUGGAUUAGGCAUGCUCAAAAUGGCGGGAGUGCUGAAAAGAAAAUUGACGCUGAAAAAACUGGGACUUUCAGCUGCUAAGCCCUCUCCAAAGCCGCCACGCAGUUUCCGUCGCCUUGCCCGCUUCGUCGUUAUCUUCUUCAGAGUGUGGCGUCUGCACUCCUUCAAGAUACGAACCACUGUCCAGGCCCUUACUACUUCCACGGGGAGCAAUGCUAGAGACGUGGAUCUCUUAUUCGAUAAAAGUAUUUUCAAGGCAAAUAAAGAGAUGCGUCUAUCUGGUGAAACGAUUCGUAUUCUCAGAAAAAGACCUGUUCAGCGGACUGAGGAAGAAUUGCACAAUGUAAAGGUGGCAUUAAUGAACUAUCCCUCCAUCUCCGAGUUCCCGGUGCAAAUGCAGGAAAUGAUAGUGAGGAAGGCGUGGUACGACACGAUUGACGUAGAGCGAGUUAUCGUCAGGGAGGGACAGAGACCACUGUAUUUUUACUUCAUCCUGUCUGGCACUGUUGUUAAAAAAGUAAUGGACGAUGAGAGAAAGCAAUCCAGAACAUUGGCUUUCCUUUCGAGAGGGGAAAGUUUCGGAGAUCAGGACAUUAUCGAACAGAGACCACGUGACUGCACGAUCAUUGCUAUGGAAACAACUGAACUCAUGUGUAUGUCUGCUAAGGAUUUUGUUGAGAUUUUCCAGUCCGGAGGUUUGAAGGAUGUAAACGAUCCAUUCUUCCAAAGUGUCAGCUGUCUGCAAGGGUGGCCCCUUCACUUGCUUGCCAACAACCCCAAAAAAGCUGUUCUCAGGUUUUUUAAGCGCGGUAUGGUACUCGUCAAGGAUAGCAGCUCGUCUGACUGGCUUUACAUCGUAAAAACGGGAAGCUGCAAAGUACUUAAAAAGUUGAAGAAAGCACAACCAAAACUGAAAGUUCGAAGACCAAAAGUAAAAAUUCCAAAAGCAGAAAAUCUAAUGCCAGUAAAGCAGAACAUCAAUCCUAGAAUCCCCCACACGGAUUUGCUGGAUUCGUGGUUACAGCAUGAGGUGGACAAGGUCACUGCGUCACAGACCAAUCAACGGGGGUUUUACAGAUAUGACGAGCCAGAAAUUAACGUAGGGACGCUGAGCACGUACCGGAGACCGUCUGAACUUUCUGUAGUGCGGGAAAACAGCCUAAUUCCCCAGUUACCGCCUCCACAAAUAAGCAAAGGUAAAGUUGGGGGCACAAGCGUUACCGCUGAGCACAAUAUCACCCCUGGGGGAGAACGCCCCGUGAACACCCAACUAGACACUCCCUGUCACGAUACUUUAGAUGUAGAAAAUGUGUCACACGCCUCUCUAGCGGGCAGACAACUAACAGGGGACUCGCUGUCACAUGCGGACAGUUGCAGUCCCGCGCUCAGCAGUGCGUCUAAAAAAAUGGACAGAAUUUUACCAAAGGGGCCUUUUCUGACUAAAAUAAACAAACCACCACGUAAUGGCCCCUCCUCUCCGAACACGACAGACCAAGCAGCGGAGCAAGCAGAGGCGGUGGAUGAGGCAAAUGUCGAGGCGAAGACAGAUUUUGAUGGUGAGCAACCUAUGAAAAAGGUGAAGUUUACGGAGAUUUUGCCCAAACAUCGAAAUACACACUCUGAUUAUGGCGCCAGGCCCAAGGAUAAGGAAGACCCAGCCAUGUUUGUGACAGUGAAAACUCUCACCAAAGGCACAGUAUUUGGCCUCACUGAGUUUAUCUAUGGGAAGCAGACGAGCCUUAGUCUGGUCAGUAAUGGCGCCGAGUGCAUCAUGAUUGAAAAGAAGUUCUUCUCUGAGCAUGCACCACAAGCUUUAAUGAACAGAUUGCGGGAAGAGAUCUUCCCUUUCCCUGGCGAUGAGGAGUUACAGCAAGGUUUGCAGACACGAGUUAGCUGGGAGGCACACAAACGGGCAGCUUUCAGCCAAACCAUACGAGCAAUACAAAUGAAGAAGACAAAUGUGCAGGACACUAGGAUGAGGAUGACAACGAAACAUAUCUCUGAACAGCAAACAUUUACGUUCUGAAUUAUUCAAAAACUGUUGUUUUUUAUCAAAAAGUCUUGGGUGUAUAUAUAACAAGUUGAUAUUCCUGGGGGAUUUUUGCAGGUCAUAGGGAUGGAACUUUGAUCUUUUACAGCAUUAUUUUCGUCAAAUCAACACCAAAGCUAAGAGUAUAGUAAGACUGUUUAUCUUAAUUUCACACACUCACAUUCGAGUGUCUUAAUACAUAUACAUCUGUUGAAGAAGGAGCAGGUAGAGAUGAAACCCUGCAACAAUUCAAGCGCACAUAUCCAUUUUUUAAUAUUGGGGCCUAAUUUUCUGGCGUGCCAAUGAGAAAACACACACACACACA